AUGGCUACAAUAGCCGAAGCCCUUACCCGUUUGACCCUCCUUCCUCAAACUGCACAAAGCACCCAACAAGCUUCAACCUCAAGUAGUUUACCCUCUCAACCUCAACCCAAUCCUAAGGGGAGCAUAAAUGCCAUUACUCUCCGAAGUGGUACUAUGUUGGACAAGAAUGUUGAUAUAUCCGCAAAGGCAAGUGAGAAGACCAACAAUGAUGAGGUAGGAGAAGAGGUGGAGAUGACAAAGGGUGAAGAUGAAAAUGUUGACAGAAGUGAGGAGGAGCCACCAAAAGUCAAGGAGCCAAAGAGAAAGACCUUGCUUGAAGAGCCUUCACCCAUUCCAUUCCCAACUUUGGUCAAGAAGGCAAAGAAGCAAGAAGAUCUUGACCCCACUUUGGUGGAAGUUUUUAAGAAAGUCGAAGUUACCGUCCAUCUCUUUCAAGCCAUUCAACAAGUGCCGAAAUAUGCCAAGUUCCUUAAAGAUGUGUGCACUCACAAAGACAAGCUUGGCAAUGUUAACAAAAAGUCGGUAGAUGAUUCAAUCUCUUCUUUGCUUCUUGAAAAAUGUAAUGAUCCUAGCCCAUGUUUGGUGACUUGUUUGAUUGGUGGGAUUAAGUUCAUGGAUUGUAUGUGUGAUUUGGAAGCGUGUGUGAGCACCAUGCCACUGCCCGUAUACCAAAGAUUGAACUUACCACCUCUCAAAAGAUCCGGGGCAAGGGUUGUCUUGGCUGACAAGAGUAUUGUGUCUGUGGUUGGAAUUGCAGAGAACGUCAUAAUCAACAUUCAAUGGUUGCUUUUUUCGGUUGACUUCCACAUCUUGGAGACUCCACCUAUUGAUUCGACUAACCCAUCAUCAGUACUCCUUGGAAGGCCAUUCUUGAAGACGGCCUGUUUCAAGCUAGACGCACACUCGAGAGUCUAUUCUUUUGAGUCGGAUGGCGAGUUAGUCAAGUUCACCCUGGAAGAGUCCAACAAACCCACUCUUAAGGCCUAUUCCAUUUUUGGGCGUGACAUAGUUGAAGAUAAAGUGAUUAAGGAUAUCAAGGAACAAGGAAAAGAGGAGGUUGCCAAGAAGUCAAAUUCAAAGGAUCAUGCUCAACCCAAGAAUGCCAAGGAGUUGGAGAUUUUCCUCCUUGGGGAAAUUCCUAAGUGA